GUUAUAACCGCCACGACUACAACUUCGUUUUUUGAAAUUGUAUUAUAUUAUUUGUCGAUAUGCCAAAAAGAAAGUAUAAUUUCCAAUAGCUGAUUAAACGGCAUCAUAUGAACGUUUCCUGCCCUCAAAUGAAACUUCAAUUGCUUGGGACAUUUCUUGUAUUAAGCUUGGCAAAAUUCGGAACGGUUUAUACAGACUCUAAUUAUACCGAAGCGAAAUCAUGUGUAAAAUGUGAUAACAAUUGUAACGAUGACGACGAUCUCUCGCUCUGCAUUCGGAUUUGUUGCCCUCGUAAAAAUACUUUGGCCAAUGGUGGCUGUAAUUUUGAGGAGCAACUUUUCCGAACAAAACUUUAUUUAAGCAUAAAACUCGAUGACAAUUCAACAGAGGCCCUAUAUUUCAAGAAUCAAACCCUGCUUACAACGCCGUUUUGGGAUAUAGAUGAAAUGAUCGGUCUGACCAGAGAUGAGUUCACGUUGUACAAGAACGGAACCAUAUAUAUUCACUCCGACAAGAGGCUCAAGUCCAAAGAGGAAUACUGUUUCUAUCCCCAUCAGAUUUAUUCGGACUUCCCAGAAACCAUAUGGAUUCUUUUACACGAGUGGUCAUUAUUAAAGAUACCAGGAACUUAUGAGCUCACAUCAGUUUCUCUUAUAUGCAAUAUCUUCACAAUCGGCAUUUAUCUUUUCGUAAAAGAACUACGAAAUGUCUUUGGAAUGUGCCUAGUGAGUUGCAUAUUAUGCAUAUUUCUUACAUACCUGAUCUGGCUUAUAGAUAAAUUAAGAUGGAUUGAUGACUUCUGCUCACUGGCAGGUUAUAUCUCUUUCUUCUUUGACUUUGCCUCUUCUGUUUGGCUCUCUGUAAUUAGCUUUUGUUUAUGGAAGCAAAUCACAGGGCUCGGUCGCCCAGAACAUCGCCAUCAGUUUCUGUUUUGCAGUAUCUUUGUCUGGGGCAUAUCUGCUAUCCCAGGCGGUAUCAUCUUAAUAAUAAAUUAACUUUGGGAAGAGGAUCUCCAGAAAUGGAACUGGGUUCCCUUAGUUGGCUUCAUCGUGUAAACGUUUCAAAAGCUAAUUUUCGAAGUUGUGGAAGAGAUGCCAUCCGAGCCAUACUGGCGCCGAGCCAGUCUUUUUUCAUAACCGCGAAUUUUAAAUGUAAUUUUCCCUAAACCACGUUUUUUCUCUUUUGGGUAAGCGAUAACAAAAAAAAU